CGGCGGGGGCUGGCGGAGCUCCGGCGCGUGUUCACUCCUCACUCCAGGGCAAUGAAGUUGGUGGCCUAUGUCUGUGGCCUGGCCCUGGUGGCCUGUGCCCUAGCACUAGAGAAUGGGCUCAUGAGGACACCCCCGAUGGGCUGGCUGGCUUGGGAGAGAUUUCGCUGCAACAUCGACUGCAAAGCAGACCCCAAGAACUGCAUUAGUGAGAGGCUCUUCAUGGACAUGGCAGACCGCCUGGCAAACGAUGGCUGGAAGGAGCUGGGCUAUGUGUAUGUGAACAUCGAUGACUGCUGGAUGGCAAAGCAGCGGGAUGCAUCAGGGCAACUGGUCCCAGAUCCUGAGAGGUUCCCCAGAGGGAUCAAAGCCUUGGCAGAUUAUGUGCACUCCCGGGGACUGAAAAUGGGCAUUUAUGGUGACCUUGGCACCCACACGUGUGGUGGCUACCCGGGAACCACACUAGAUCGGAUCGAACAGGAUGCCUUAACCUUUGCACACUGGGGUGUGGACAUGCUGAAGCUGGAUGGCUGCUACUCAUCAGAGGAUGAGCAGGCCCAGGGCUACCCUAGAAUGACAAAGGCCUUGAAUAUGACGGGCCGUCCCAUCGCCUAUUCCUGCAGCUGGCCAGCCUACCGAGGAGGGCUUCCACCCAAGGUGAACUACACUCUCCUGACAAACAUCUGCAACCUCUGGCGUAACUAUGGUGAUAUUCAGGACUCCUGGGACAGUGUCCUCACCAUUCUGGACUGGUAUUCAGAAAAUCAAGAUGUGCUGCAGGCAGUGGCUGGUCCUGGCCACUGGAAUGACCCAGACAUGUUGAUCAUUGGGAACUUUGGCCUCAGCUUUGAACAGUCUCGAUCCCAGAUGGCAUUGUGGACAGUGCUGGCUGCCCCCCUUUUAAUGUCCAAUGACCUCCGCACGCUCUCCCGAAGUGCCAAGGAGAUCCUGCAGAACCAGCUGAUGAUCAAAAUCAACCAAGACCCCUUGGGAAUCCAGGGACGCAGGAUCCUCAAGGAAAAAUCUCACAUUGAGGUGUUCCUGCGCCCACUUUCCCACUCAGCCAGUGCCCUGGUUUUCUUCAGUCGGCGGACGGAUAUGCCAUACCGAUACACUACCUCCCUGGCCAGGCUCAACUUCACAGAGAAUGCCGUGUAUGAGGCACAAGAUGUGUACAGCGGAAACAUCAUCAGUGGCUUGGCACCCGAACACAACUUCACUGUCAUCGUCAACCCCUCAGGAGUGGUCAUGUGGUACCUCUAUCCCACCAUGUACCUUGAGCAGCCGUUGAACUUUGUCAGACAGCAAUCCCCUGUGAAGGGCUUUCAUCCAUUGGUCCUGUGAAACCAACUGAAGAAAGGUGAUGGGGGCCAGCUCAGGUUUUAGCAGCAAGAUGCUGGAGUGCAGGCUUCUUUUUGGCACCCAUUAGCUUCUUGCUGACACUUUCACCCUACAGGGAACUGAUGUUUAAAUUGUUCAUAUUGUUCAAGCCUGUGAUUUUAUACUUAAAUCUCUCUGUAAAGCAGUGAUAACUGUUGCCUACCUCAUGGGGAUAAUGUCCAGCUUAAUUCAUUAAUGAUUGUAAAGUGCUGUGGGACCCUCCUAUGGCAGAUGCCACGCAAGCACAGAGCAAAGCUGCGAUAAGAACAAGCUAAGUACUGUUCAACCAUUUGGCCUUAAUUCCUUUCUAGAUAAGGAUGGCACCACCACAGGUCACUGGAAAGGCUCUUUUGGAUAGAUUUUCAGUAAGGCCUUAGAUCUGAUCUCAGUAUCAUGAGGACCUAAGUUCCAUACACGUGCUGGACAGGCAGACACACAUACUACAUGGGGUACCUUUUUUUUCUCUUCUCUUCCCCCCUCCAAAAAAAUACAUUCUUUAGAUCAGAAUGACAUAUAUAAAAAAAAGUCAGCAGGACUCAUCCACUUCCAGCUGAGACUUACUCUUUUGCAGAGACAACAGCACUCCUUUGGGAGUAUAGAGCUGUCCUCAGAGCAUAUAACUGGGCAUUCAGCUCCUGGUAUUCAAUCCAGUCUCUGUCUAUCACCUUUAUCAAACUUCUCAUUAUACAGCACCCAUAAAGGGAGGACAGUUCUACUUACAGGUUCUGUGAGGAUUAAUUGUAACGGAUACAUAAUGUCUCAGAUGCAUGAGAUAUGAUCUCAACUACCAGUGUGCUCAUCCAUUGCUUAUC